AUGGGUGUUCAUUCAUUUUGGGAUGUAGUUGCAAGAACGUCAAAACCAGUACGUCUCGAAUCUCUUCAAGACAAAAAGAUGGCAAUCGAUGCCUCUAUCUGGAUAUACCAAUUUUUAAAGGCUGUUAGAGAUGAAAAUGGGAAUAAAGUCAAAAAUUCUCACAUUACUGGGUUUUUCAGAAGAAUUUGUAAAUUAUUAUAUUUUGGUAUAAAACCUGUAUUUGUAUUUGACGGUGGUGUUCCCGUUUUGAAAAGAGAAACCAUUAGACAAAGAAGGGAAAUUAGACAAGGUAAGAGAGAUGAUGCUUCAAGGACAGCUAAGAAAAUAUUAGCUUUACAGUUGUUACAGAAAAAUAAUGGCACUCAAGAUGGACAAACAUCUCCUGGGAAGAAGAAAAAUGAAUCUACUAAAACUACUAAAAAUACUACUUUGUUUAAACCAGAUGAUGAUUGGGAUUUACCUGAAAUAGAAGGAUUUAAGUAUGAUUUAAGUGAUCAAAGAGUCAAUACUGCUAAGAAAUUUGAAAAUGUUAUUAGUAAUAUGGAUGAUGAACUAGAUACUAUUGAUUUGGAUUCUAUUAAUCCUGCAUCAAAAGAAUUUGAAGAAUUGCCAAAAUCCACUCAAUAUAUGGUUUUAUCCACUUUAAGGUUAAGAUCAAGAUUAAGGAUGGGUUAUACAAAGGAACAGUUGGAAGAUAUAUUCCCAAAUAGUUUGGAUUUCUCCAAAUUCCAAAUUAAUAUGGUGAAAAGAAGGAAUUUUUAUACUCAGAAAUUGAUGAAUGUAACAGGACUUCACGAUAGUGGUGCCUCAAAAUUGAAUGAUGAAGUUAUCAAUAGAAUAUCAGGGCAAUUACAUAAAGAAUAUAAAUUACAGAAGACAGAAAAUGGUUGGGCCCUAGGGCUAGGUGAAAUGGAUGGAUCUGAAGUUCAGAAAGCUAUUAUAUUGGAUAAACCUAGUAAUAAUACAAAUACUGAAGUCCAUACUCAGGUAAAUGACACACAUACAAAAAGUAAAAGUUCGGUACCGCAAGAGGUUAAAACUGAAGAUGAAGAUGAAGAAGACGAGUUCGACUGGGAAGACGUAGAUUUGAAAGCAAAUAAGGAAAAAGAAGUGGAAGAUUUUUCGCUAAGCGCAGCAAGAUUACCAAAACUAGAUGAAGUUCGACAAGCUGUAGGCAGCCAGUCAUUCUUAGAUACAAGACCAAAUCAAGUAUCACCGCUUAAAAAAUCACAACGUUCCAUAAUACGGCAUGUCGAUAUCAACGACGAGAGUGAUCAUAGUGAUAAUGAUGAAGAUUAUUUAGAUCAAAUUGAGGAAAUAGAAAUGAUGGAAGCGUAUCAAAAAUCUCUUCUAGAUGCCCGUACCAUGAAGGCAAAAAAAACAAAUAAAAUCGAGGACUCCGAAAAGGAGAACAUUGCUGAGCAGCAAACGAAACAAUUCCUCGCAACAUUACCUGAUGAGAUUUUGAGUAAAGAAAAAACGGUGACAUCGAAAUCAAUUAAUAAUGUUUCUUCGACGAUUACAAAUGAUGUUAAAGUUUUGCCACCCGUUGUUCCCCAAAUCAACAGCAAUGCUACACAUCCUAAUUUAACUGAAACAGAACAAAAUCUAAAUUUCAUUGUGGGAAAGAUUCCCAAUAGUUCCUUCCUUUUCCAGUCACCCACUAGAGAAAUAAUUAACGAAGUAGAUGAGUCUGUUUCUGAAAAAGAAGAAGAAAAGAAAUUACCUCCACCCGAAGUUCCAGCUUGGUUUCAAACAGUUUCAAAUGUUGAAGCGACCAAUCCAUUUACAACAUCGAAUUUUGUUCAAGAUAAGAAAAUUGCUGACUUAAAUUCUAACGAGAAAAAUAACAAUAACGCAGAUGGUGAUUUCAAAUUAGUUUCAGGGUUUGAUGCAGAAGAUCUAUUAGAGGUACAACAGAAUUCAGCUCCACUAAUUGAAGAUGACACACUUAUCGAAGAAGUACAACCAACGACAAAUAUAGAGACGAAAGAAGAUAGUGCAGAGAAUAAUGACAUUGGAGAGAGUACCACCGAAAAACCGCAAAAAAGGAAGCCAUUAAUCUUCAAUUAUGAUUUCUCAGAUGAAGAGGAAGAAAAUCUUACUGAGAAUAUUAGGAAAGAACAACAAGAGUUUGAAGCCUUUAAAGACCUAACAUUAUUGAACGGCAAAGCGUCAGGGUCCACUAGUAGUCUAAUUGAUAAAGCUUUCAUGGAAGAUGAACUAUACGAGCAGCAAAUGAAAGAUAAAAGAGAUUCUGAUGAAGUUACACCAGAUAUGGUUCAAGAUGUUCAAGACUUGCUUUCAAGAUUUGGUAUUCCCUUCAUUGUCGCACCUAUGGAAGCAGAAGCCCAAUGUGCUGAGUUGUUACAUUUGAACUUAGUUGAUGGAAUAGUAACUGAUGAUAGUGAUGUAUUUCUUUUCGGGGGAUCAAAAGUCUAUAAGAAUAUGUUCCAUGAGAAAAACUAUGUGGAAUUUUAUGACAGUGCAUCAAUCCUUAGAAAUAUAGGGCUGGACCGUAUAAAUAUGAUUGAAAUGGCACAGCUAUUGGGUAGUGAUUACACAAAUGGUGUUAAAGGUAUGGGACCUGUUUCAAGUUUAGAGAUAAUUGCAGAAUUUGGUAACUUGAGAAAAUUCAAAGAAUGGUAUGAGGAGGGACAAUUUAACGAAAAAAAACAAGAAAAUGAAUCUAAAUUUGAAAAAGAUCUUAGGAAAAGAUUAGUGAAAAAUGAAAUAGUUUUCGAUUCUAAUUUCCCCAGUGAAUUAGUUAAAGAUGCGUAUUUAAAUCCGGAAGUUGACCAUGAUAAAACAAAAUUUAUAUGGAACUUCCCAGAUCUGGAUUUAUUAAGAGAAUUCCUCAAAAGGAAAAUUGGGUGGCCGCAAGAGAAAUCGGACGAGGUUUUAAUCCCACUAAUCCAGGAUAUCAAUAAACGUAAAAAGCAAGGGAAACAAAGGAGUAUCUCGGACUUCUUCCCAAGUGAAUAUUUGGAAGGAAGUAAUGCUAUGAACAUGAGUAAAAGAUUAGCCACAGCUGCAGGAAAGAUGAAGAAAAGAAGGAUGGAGUAG